AUGGAUAACUCAAUGUUUCUUAAAAGGCCGACACCGGCUGACGAUGAGGACGAGAUUCUGGAAAUGCAGCGACAAUGGGAAGCGGCGAAAUCGGAAAAACCGACGGUUCAAAUUCACAAAAUGAAGAGGAAAAAGGUGGAAAAUGAGCAGAAAGCAUCUGCGAGACCAUUGAAAGAGCACACCGGACGAUUUACAAUCGAUUUGGACGAAAUCAAAGAAGAAAGUGAUGCUCAAAAUGUCCUUUUUGGAGUUGUUGAGAGGAAUUCGGAAUGGUUGACGCAAAAUAAAACCGACGAAAUGCUCAAAACGAAUUUUGCGGCCGCUUAUUCGAAUGAAGACGGUUUUCCGGAGCCAUUGUAUCUUAAAGCUUAUUAUUGUGAAAAUGAGACGACGAGACGAGCGCCGAGCGGCAAAAGCUUCUUUGCUGCGGAAUUUGAUCGAAUUCAUGGGAAAUUGGAGGAGAAUCUUGACGAAGCGGCCAUGAAAACUGUGGAGAAUGUACCCGAAAAAGAAGAUUUCGAAGCAGAAAAUGACAAAUUUCUCGCUGGAUUGGACAUGGAGAAAGUGAAAGAACUUCGCGGUGAAAUCGAGGAGAGAUUGAAUCCGAAAAUGAUUGAAUUUUUGAUGAAUCGCAAAAAGAAAGUCGAAAAACCCAAAGUGUCAAAGUUCAAAUCGCGACGAUUGGCGGAAAAAUUGGCUACUAGCGAACCAACGUGCUCCACCGAAGCUGCGCCUCCACGUGUUCCAGCUCCAAACGAAUUGGAGUCGGAUAAGAAGACGGCGAUCAUUGAGGAUAUGCUCAAUGAGCUGGAGGUGCUUGACGAAUUUGCUAAUCAAGACGAUCGCGAGAAGUACAAUCGACUUGCUACGGAUGCGGUUCAAUUGGAUAUGACGGCGAAAUUCGGACGUAAUUUGGUCAGCCGGCAGCAGAAAAACGCGCUUCGAUUGUUCGAUAGCUGCAAAUUUCGGCCGAACGGAUACGAUGGAUCUGAUAGUUUGCGAGAAUCCGCGCGAGACCAUAUUGAGGAUAUUAAGAAGUUGUAUUUGGAGGAGGUCGAAAUUGGCGGCAAACGGGAGUUUGAGUUCGGACGAGGUGUGAAUCCGAUUCUCGACUCGUGUUGGACGCUGGUCCCGGCGCGAAAAGUACUUGACGCGGUGGAAAAACGGCAAGGAAUUGUGACCGCGGAUGACGUCGAAAUUGUAAAAUACGCAAUUUUAUGGACAUUUUUGAUGUUCGAGGAGAAGAAAUCGGCGUUUUUUGCGUUUUCUCAGCCCAACGACUUUUAUGUGCAUCUUUCGGAGAUUUUUCUCAUUGGAGCUGAAAUUUUGGCAGAUGAUUUGAUUAUUCGUUGUGUUGAGAGACUUAUGAAUGGAUAUGUCAUCAAGGCGGCUUCUGAGGGACGAUUGAGUUUGAGAAUGAACGCGAAAGUCGCCGGAAUCGAUGCUUUUAUGCCCUUUUUUGAGAAUUUGCUCAAAAAUUUUGAGCAAUACUCACUUGGCGAUGUUCAAUUUUCGCGCGCGAUUCUCAUUGGAGCGUACUUGAACGCGCCGAUCGGCGAUAGUUUGGAAUAUCGAUUUGCGGUUUGGACGCCGAAACGGAGUAUUAUUCGACAAAUGACAAUCAAAAAUUGUCAUGCGCAAGAUAUUCUGAAAAUGCUGAAAGCGCAAACGGUCGAACGCGAGCAAAUCGUGCUCGAACAGCAUUACGUACAGUAUACGUCGCUUCUCGGCGCCUACGUGGCAGCGAUUCGCGACGAGACCAUCACGAAGGAGAGGAACGAGCUGAUGUGGACGAUUGCGAGUUUCGAGAUUGGUCGAUUUGUGGCGCGACGAGGCCAACUCACAACUCAGGCCAAUCAAAAAGAAUUGGACGUUUUGGUGGAAAUCAUCCGCAAAUCGAUUGGUGAUAAACUCAUGUUGUGA